UCAACAAUGAAUCCUAUUCAAGUCACUUUAUUUUCUGCUCUACUGGCGCUAUCCACUGCAUACAGAGGUGGAGGUGGCGGUGGGAUGGGUGGUGGUAUGGGCGGAGGAAUGCCUAUGGGUGGCGGAAUGGGUGGCGGCAAAAUGGGCGGUGGAAUGCCAAUGGGUGGUGGUAUGGGCGGGGGAAUGCCAAUGGGUGGCGGUAAAGGAGGAAUGGGUGGUGGAAUGAUGAUGCCAAUGGGUGGUGGGUAUGGGAGGAGGUAUGCCAAUGGGAGGUGGAAUGGGGCGGCGGCAUGCCAAAUGGGAGGAGGGUAA